AUGGCAACCUUUCCGAUGCCUCCAAACAAUAAUGUCUUUGUUGUCACAGCCGCAACCACCUACGGCCAAGUUCCUAGGAAUGUCCGGUUUGUCCGCGUCGAUGGAUCCGUUCGCGUCCUUCCUGACAGUAUCUUCCAGUAUUGCGAGUCAUUGAAAGAAGUAAGCUUUGAAGAAGGUACUCAUACUAUUGGAAAAAGCGCCUUUCGUCAUUGCGUGUUAUUGACCAAAGUCAAACUUCCCUCUACAUUGCGAGCGAUUCUAGGCGGGGCAUUCAGUGACUGUUUUGGCUUAACUUCGAUUGAUUUGCCUUUGCGCCUUCACGUCAUUGGAGAAUGCGCUUUUGGGUUUGCAAAUUUACGCCAUCUCAAAAUACCUGCUACAGUGGAAACCAUUGGAGAUGGAGCAUUCCGAGAGUGUAGACUUUUGGAAUCCAUCAUUCUACCACCAAGGUUGGAGGUGAUCGCGUCCAAUCUUUUCCACGGGUGCAGUAACCUGAAAGAUAUUGAGAUUCCAAGAACAGUAAAGCUAAUUCAGGCAUGGGCCUUCGCGUAUUGUUCAGCUUUGAAGAAAUUGGAUUUAUUUCGCUGCACCCAAUGCUUGGCGAUUGGAAGCUUUGCCUUUCGCUCAUGUUCGGCGCUGUCAUGGAUAACCCUUCCGCCCAAUCUCAAAGGUGAUUUCCCGGGAAUCCAUGGCUGCUCGGAACUAAGACAUCUACGCGUACCACCGCAUGUCACUUCCAUUGGAAAAGGUACCUUCAAUCCAUUGCUAGGGUGCACAUCCUUCAUGUCACUGGAAUUUCCGGAAGGAUUGGAAUCAAUCGGACUGCGUGGCUGCGAUGAUGGAUUCGAAACAGGGGUAAGUAUGACCGCAUGUCAAUCCCUGGUGAAUAUGUAUCUGCCUCCAUUACAGCAGGUGCCCAAUGAAGUCUUUGAUGAUGAAGUGAUUCCUGAAGGAUUUCAGCUUGCGAAAGUUGCAACCAACUGGAGAGAUCUCGUGACCAAACUAAAACAACGAUUUAACGAUCGCCCUCUUCACAGAGUAUGCUACUUUCACAGCUACCAUCUCAUAGAAGACACGAUUCAACGAAUCAAGGAUAUUCUGAUUGACAACCCAAGCGCCUGCGUCCAAACGGAUGGCUUUGGGAUGACUCCAUUGCACAUCCUGGUACUGGCUCAAAAGCCAAGACUGGAACUUUUUCAAGAAUGCUUCACUUCGGCAGAUCUAACCCUGCUGUCGGCUAAAGAUCGGUUUGGAUCAACUGUACUGGACUAUCUUUUCAAUAAUACUUCCAACGAUGGUUUGAAGGUGACUGGAGCGUUGAUGAAAAAAGUUGUGGAACAAAGAGUUGCAUACCUUGGUCUAGAUCGAUGGAAGGAAGAGCUAUUGGACCUAGCAGAAAGGAUUGCAAGCGCUGAUCGCCCUUGGAGGAUUAGGAAUUUUGUCAAUUUUCUGUUGCAUAGGCUUCAACAUUUUGAAUUCCUGGAGGUGCUUUCGUUGCUGGAAAUGGUUCUUUGGAGAAUCAAAUUGAGCGAGAGCGAAAAUACAUUGGAUCAAGCAAACACCGAUCGAGAAAGCUGUCGAGUCCAAUCUGGCAUUGCCAUUGUGAUGGAGAAUGUACUCCCCUUUCUCCCGACCGAAUGCAGACAAAGUGAGUACGGUUCUGAUGACGGUGAAACCCCCGAUGCCGAGAAUAGCGAUAUCGAUGGAGACAACGAUACCUACUACAACGAGGAUGCAGUCUAG